AUGCUACAAGGAACCUUUGAAGAGUGUCCUAGAGAAAACUGUUCAAGGUUGGCGAGAUGGUUGGCCACAUUCCUGGCUGCCUGGUUUGGCCUGCGUUUGCUUCACUCAUACGAGGGCAGGGCAUAUACAGAAACGGUGCCGCCGAAGGAGGGCUCGCCGUCUGAUGCCGAACCACAGACAGUCAAGUUCGCUGGUCGAACAAUGGAUCUGACCCUGUUUGCUGUCACUCGAGCCCUCGACGUUGUUGUUGGUGACAUUUGGGCAAGACACAAAGCACGACGCUUGGCUCAAAACAAGUGGACAAAGGCCGAGCGAUUCGUUUCCAAAUUCGUUGACCCCCUGGUUUUUGCUGCCUCCUCAGGCCUUGUCAUGUGGGCUUGGUUCUACCAUCCCAAACGUCUUCCCCGGAGCUACAACAAAUGGAUCACUUCGGCUGCUUCUGUGGAUCUGCGUCUCAUCGAAGCUCUUCGCCGUUGCCAUUCCGGUGAAUUCCAGUAUGGUAAGGAGACUGGACAGGCACAUCUUCUUCAAGGCAUGUGCGUUGACUACGAAUGGCCUCUUGCUUGGGGAGAUCCUGCUGUCGUUGUACCCAUUCCAUGUCAAAUGGUUCACAUGUCAAGCGGACCUUCAUGCGAGUACCAUGCCAUCAGUCGUUUCUUUCGCGCAUUUAAGUGGUCAAUGGCUACAUACUUGCCCCUGACACUUGCCCUCGCUCUCCGUAACCCGUCUCGUAAAGCCCUGCGUCGAGCCAUUGUCUCAUCCUGCCGCUCAUCUAGUUUUCUCGCAACAUUCAUCACCCUCUUCUACUAUGGGGUCUGUCUCAGCCGAACACGCAUAGGACCCCAGCUCCCGGGAGGCACAACAAUCGAGCGUCGUCAACACAUGGACAGUGGAGUUUGUGUCGGCACAGGCUGUUUGCUAUGUGGUUGGAGUAUCUUGAUUGAGACUGAAGGCCGAAGGAAAGAUAUUGCGUUGUUCGUGGCCCCACGUGCCCUAGCUACAGUUCUACCUCGACGGUAUUCGCUUGACAAGGAGUGGCGAGAGAGGCUUGUGUUCGCCGUCAGUACGGCGAUCGUAUUUACAUGCGUUUCAGAAAAUCCUGACCGAGUAAGAGGUGUUUUUGGGAAAAUGCUGAAGAUGGUCCUCAGCAAAUAG